AUGCUCUUAUCGAGGCAAUCCCGUGCUCGCUCGAUUCUGCAGCAGAUCCCAUUCUUCUCACAUCGUCAGGCUAUUACCGUCAGGUCGUUCUCGACAACCCUCAAGAUGCCCGUCCACCACCUAAUGAUCGGCACCUGGACCCCUCCAGGUGCCAUCUUCACCGUCGCUUUCGACGAUGAGAAGCUCACCCUCGAGCUCGUCAAGCGCACCGAGAUCCCCCAGGACCAGCCUAUAUCAUGGAUGACCUUCAGCCAUGACAAGAAGAACAUUUACGGCGCCGCCAUGAAGAAGUGGGCUAGCUUUGCCGUCAAGAGCCCGUCCGAGAUCGUCCAUGAGGCUUCUCACGACAUGACCCAUGAUCCCAACGCUGCCCUUCCCACAACAAACACCCGUGCCAUCUUCCUCCUGGCAGCACAAAAGCCUCCCUAUGCCGUCUACUGCAACCCCUUCUACAAGCACGCCUCCCACGGCAAUGUCUUCUCCGUCUCGCCCACCGGCACCCUCGAGACCAACGUCCAAAACUACCCUUACGACCCUAACACGGGCAUCCACGGCAUGGUCUUCGACCCGACGGAAACCUACCUCUACUCCGCCGACCUGACGGCCAACAAGCUCUGGGUGCACAAGAAGAAAACCCCCGACGGCCCCGAACUCGACCUCGUCGGCUCCGUCGACGCCCCCGACCCGGGCGACCACCCGCGUUGGAUCGCUCUCCACCCUUCAGGAAAGUACCUCUACGCGCUGAUGGAGGCCGGCAACCGCCUCUGCGAGUACGUGAUCGACCCCGUCUCAAAGCUGCCCGUGUACACCCACCGCUCGUUCCCGCUCAUCCCCCCCGGGAUCCCGGGCGCCAAGAACAAGAUGUACCGCUCCGACGUGUGCACCCUCUCCCACAGCGGCAAGUACCUCUUCGCCACGGCCCGCUCCAACAGCUUCGACGUGACGGGCUACAUCGCCGCCUUCAAGCUCGACGACAACGGCCACAUCGAGAGGCAGAUCUGCCUGAACCCCACCCCGACCAGCGGAGGCCACAGCAACGCCGUCAGCCCCUGCGACUGGAGUGACGAGUGGCUUGCCAUCACCGAUGACCAGGAGGGCUGGAUCGAGAUUUACCGCUGGCACGACGAGUUCCUCGGCCGUGUCGCGAGGUUGCGCAUUCCCGAGCCAGGUUUCGGCAUGAACGCCAUCUGGUACGACUGA